GUGUGAGAAACAGGCAGAGGGAGGGCUUACCUGUUUCAACCAGGCAGAGAAGAGAGAGUGGAGAAAAGGCAGGGCGAUGCUCAGUGAGUGGUUUUGGUGGGAUCGUCUGUGGUUGCCUGUGAAUGUAACAUGGGCGGACCUGCAGGAUAAAGAGGGGCGGGUAUACGCUCAUGUGUCCCACCUGUACAUCACUUUACCUAUAGCAGUGCUACUGUUGGGCCUCAGAGUCCUUUAUGAGAGACUGAUUGCCCCACAUAUCGCUGCAGCCCUUGGAGUGAAAGACAAAGUACAUCCCAAAGCGUCACAAAACCCCACACUGGAGCAGUUCUACAGAACACAUUCUAAACAGCCCUCACAGGCAGAUGUAAGAGGCCUCAGUAAAAAGGUGAGCUGGACGGAGCGGCAGGUUGAAAACUGGUUUCGCAGAAGGAGAAACCAGGACAGACCAGGCGUGCUGAAGAAAUUCAGAGAAGCUAGUUGGAGGUUUGUGUUUUACCUUUGUGCUUUCCUGGGAGGCCUGCUGGCUCUACAUGAUAAACCCUGGUUUUAUGAUUUACGGGAAGUGUGGGCGGGAUUUCCCAAACAGACCCUGCUGGACUCUCAGUAUUGGUAUUACAUGAUUGAGAUAAGUUUUUAUGGCUCCCUCUUGUUCAGUGUGGCAGUAGACAUCAAACGCAAGGACUUUAAAGAGCAGCUGGUGCAUCACUGGGCCACUCUGACACUAUUGUCAUUCUCCUGGUGUGCAAACUACAUUCGAAUUGGUACUCUAGUUAUGCUGGUGCAUGAUGCCGCCGACGUUUUACUAGAGUCUGGGAAGAUGUUUAAUUAUGCAAGAUGGGAACGUACCUGCAACAGCAUUUUCGUCCUCUUCACUGUUUUAUUCAUGGUAACCAGGCUAGUCAUCUUUCCUUUCUGGUUGAUCCACUGCACAUGGGUAUAUCCUCUGGAGCAGUUUGAACCAUUUUUUGGGUAUUAUUUCUUCAACCUGAUGCUGGUAGUCCUGCUGCUGCUACACAUUUUCUGGGCCUCUCUUAUUCUUCUCAUGGUCAAAAAAUUCCUCUUUGGCAAAAUGAAAGGAGAUGAAAGAAGUGAUGAGGAAGAGGAGGAGAGUCUGGAUGAAGAUCACAACCAUAAGCAUUUUGAUGGCUGUGCCAACGGCCUGCCUAAUGGUCACUGAUACACAGCCAGGAACAUCAACACAACUGUCCAUAUUGGACACUCAAAUUACUCAUUAACUGACUCAGUAUAUUCAUAGCCUUUCAUUUUAAGGUGUGUGUGUAUAUGUCCAUUACACUGGUUUAGAGAACA